CAACGACACUACAACCCCCAUUGAAACUCCAUUUACACCCGGGGAUCAGCGGCGACGGAAGCCCAUAUAUUCACAAUGGCCUCUUUUACAAAGCUCGAGCAGAUCGAGCUGCCAGCGGCCUUCGAUGCGCAUGUGCACUUGCGCGACGGCGAGAUGUCGCAGCUCGUCACGCCUACGAUCCGCCAGGGCGGCGUGAACCAGGUCUAUGUCAUGCCCAACCUCGUCCCACCCAUCACGACCGUCCAGCAAUGCCUCGCCUACCGCGACCGCCUACGCGCCAUCGAGCCGAACGUCGAUUACCUCAUGUCGCUCUACCUGCACGAGUCCAUCACUCCAGAAGUCAUCCGCGAGGCCAAGAAGGCCGGCAUCACGGGCGUGAAGUCGUAUCCCGCCGGCGUCACCACCAACUCCUCCUCCGGCGUCCUCUCCUACGAGCCCUUCUACCCGGUAUUCGCAGAAAUGGAAGCGCAAAACAUGAUCCUAAACCUGCACGGCGAAGUGCCCUCCACCCCUCCCCUCUCCUCCGCCUCCUCCACCUCUACCCCAGCGGUGACGAUCCUCAACGCCGAGCCCGCCUUCCUCCCCACCCUCCUAUCCCUCCACCAAAAGUUCCCUAACCUCCGCAUCAUCCUCGAGCACUGUAGCACCGCCGCCGCACUCGCCGCGGUGCGAGCAUGCGGCCCCAGCGUCGCGGGCACCAUCACCGCGCACCACUUGAGCCUCGUGGUUGACGACUGGGCGGGGGAUCCGUUUUGCUUCUGCAAGCCGGUGGCGAAGACGCCGGAGGAUCGGGAUGCGUUGUUGAAGGCGGUUGUGGGGAGCGGGGGGCGGUUCUUUCUGGGGACGGAUAGCGCGCCGCAUGAUAGGGGGAAGAAGAGGGGGGAGGAUAAGGUGGCGGCGGGGGUGUUUACGCAGGGGAAUGCGGUGGCGUAUGUGCUUGAUGCGCUCGAGGUGGGUGUGAAGAGGGGGGUGUUUGGGGAGGGGGAGGUCACGCAGGAGGUGUUGGAGGGGUUUUUUGGGGGCUGGGGGAGGAGGUUUUAUGGGGUUGAGGAGAAGAGGGGGGAGAGGGUUGUGUUGAGGAGGGGGGGUGCGAAGGUGGUGGAUGUGUUGAGGAAGGAUGGGGUUGGUGUUGAGGUUGUGCCGUUUAGGAGGGGGGAGAGCACUUGGGGGGUGGAGUGGAAGUAG